AGUUUCAAAAAGUAAUUAGUUAUURAGAUGCAUGCACCUGCUGCAGCUUUCCAUUUCCAAAUCUGUGAACAGGUAGGUACCUCUCUUUUCUCCUUCAUUACUCCCAUUCUUACUUGGUUUGAAAAUAGAACCACUAAUUAUAACCAAAUCCGUUUCAUUCAACAUGCAUCCUGUCCUGCUCUCUCUUUUUUUUUACUUUGAAAAAUAAAACCCGUGUGGUGUGGUGUGGUGUGGUGUGGGACUUUUCUUUUCCGUGAAUUCCAGCCCUUGGAGAAAGUUUCCCUCAAAUCAUCAUCUUAAUAUGCACCAACUGCAUCUUCAAGGUUAGCAACUUCACCGUUUCUCUUCCAUUUUUUGCUAUGAUGAUAGGCUUMUUGAAUUACUCAUUUCUUUUUUUAACUUAAAAAGCCUCUACUUUUUGUAUAUAUGCUUCGGAUUAAUCUGCCUUGCAGCUCAUAUAUUGAAGCUGUAGUAACAAGAAAGAGGAUGGAUUCCUGUGAUUGCUUCGAAACCCAUUGGCCUGCUGAUGAGCUUUUGGUCAARUACCAGUACAUAUCCGAUUUCUUUAUUGCCUUUGCCUACUUCUCCAUUCCAUUGGAACUUAUCUACUUUGUCCACAAGUCUGCAUUCUUCCCCUAUAGAUGGGUCAUUAUGCAGUUUGGUGCUUUUAUCCUUCUCUGUGGAGCAACCCACUUUAUAARUCUCUGGACUUUUUCUUCCCACUCUAAAACUGUUGCUGUCAUUAUGACUGUUGCAAAGUUGUCCACRGCUUUUGUUUCGUGUGUCACAGCUUUGAUGCUUGUUCACAUUAUACCUGACCUACUCGGUGUGAAAACAAGAGAAAUAUUUUUGAGGAAAAGAGUGCAAGAUCUUGACAGGGAAAUGGGUUUGAUCAUUAAACAGGAAGAAACCGCAAGGCAUGUUAGAACGCUGACACAUGAAAUCAGAAGCACCCUAGAAAGACRCACCAUAUUGAAAACCACUCUGAUUGAGCUGGGUAGGACCUUGGAUCUUGAGGAAUGCGCACUGUGGAUGCCAUCAACAAGCGGUAUGGUUCUUCAGCUCUCUCACUCUUURCACAAUCUAAUACCUUUUGGCUCCACAGUUCCCAUGAAUCUAGCUGAAAUCAUGCAAGUCUUCAAUAGAGCUGAAGCAGUGAGAAUUGAAGCUACAUGUCCAUUGGCAAGGAUUAGACCUCCCGCGGGAGCAURCAUGCCACCUGAAGUUGUUGCUGUCCGUGUACCUCUCUUGCAUCUUUCARACUUUCAAAUUGACGAUUGGCCUGCAAAAAGUUAUGCCAUAAUGGUUUUGAUUCUUCCACUUAAUGGUGUAAGAAAGUGGCGUGAUCACGAAUUGGAACUCGUAGAAGUUGUUGCUGACCAGGUUGCUGUGGCCCUUUCUCAUGCUGCAAUUCUAGAAGAGUCUAUGAGAGCUCAUGAGCAGCUGAUGGAGCAGAAUGUUGCUUURGAUUUGGCUCGACAAGAGGCAGAGAUGGCUAUCCAUGCUCGUAAUGAUUUUCUUGCCGUGAUGAAUCAUGAGAUGGGAACACCUAUGCAUGCAGUUAUUGCAUUGUCUUCACUUGUUUUGGAAACUCAACUUACUCCAGAUCAGAGGGGCAUGAUGGAGACCAUUCUUAAGAGUAGCAACCUUCUGGCAACACUCAUAAAUGAUGUUCUUGACCUUUCUAGGCUACAAGAUGGUACCCUACCAUUGGAAAAUCAAGUCUUCAACCUCCAUGGCUUGUUCAGUGAGGUGAUCAGAUUGAUACAUCCAGUCGCAUGCGUUAAAAACAUAUCUAUGACCUUGAAUUGUGAUCUGAAUCUACCUGCUUAUGGUAUUGGUGAUGAAAAGCGCCUCAUGCAAACCAUCUUGAACGUUGCUGGUAACGCAAUUAAAUUCACCAAGGAAGGCUAUGUUUCAGUWCAAGCCUCCAUUUUGAGUUCAGAGUAUGCAAGAGAGUGGGAAACUCCUGAAUUCUGCCCCACGUUAAGCAAUGGUCUCUUUUACCUACUUGUGCAGGUUAAGGAUUCUGGCAGUGGCAUUACUCAGCAAGACAUUCCACACCUGUUUACCAAAUUUUCAGAGUCUUGCAGUGCAUCUAUUAGUAGCGAUGGUGCAGGCCUUGGACUUGCCAUAAGCAAAAGGUUUGUGAAUUUGAUGGGAGGCCAUAUUUGGAUUGAAAGUGAAGGGUUGGGCAAGGGCACAACGGUCACACUUGUUGUGAGGCUAGGUCAAUGCAAUGAUCCAAGCAUGCAAGUCCAACAACUAGGAGUAAGAACCCACCAAAGAAGUUGUGGUGGUGGGGAUCUCAACAGAAAUUUAUCAAGCGAGGAUUACAAAGCAACCRCCUCCUUCCCGGCUUACCAAAGAUGACUCUAGCAUUGAACACAAGGCCAAAUUAGGCCUUAGACACUUUACAAGCAUAUUAUUAGGACUUGACUUCCAUUUGGAAAAACAGGACACAUUUGUCAAAACCUUUUGUCCAAAUAUGUAAUGUAAAGCAUCAAAUUCAUUUG